AUGACCGAUAGCAUCCCGCAGCUCAUCAAGCCGGCGACCGACUCCCACCCGCCCGUCAGCUCUGGCCCACACCUCCUCAACGCCCUCAACCUCAUCAUGGCUGAGGACGACUGGACGCCUGGCUCUCGCUACAGCUACAGGUACAGCCACCUGCGUGGCCGCCCGGGGCGGGUCAUCUCUAUCACCUCGUCCCUCCCCAUGGCCGACGACAGCGACGUCGACCCCGACGGCUUCGACGCCUUCAGCGACACCGAGUCGUGCGUCGCCAUCCGUGACUCGUUCUUCCGCGCCAUCCAGUAUGUGCCGCCAACCGACAAUGUCCACCUCACGCCGCCUCUCAACAUUCGCAAGCGCUCUCAGGCCUCGCUCGUCCAUCGCUCUUUGAGUCGGCGCAGCUCGUUUCCCCAAUCCCCCAUCACGCCUCCGCUCAAGGCCUUUGCCCCGCUGCCCAUGGUCGAGUCGCCACCACGGCGCUCCAUGUCCGUCGCCCACCGCCCGCUGCCGCCGCUGCCACCCCUGACACACGGCGCAUCACAUGCCAAGCAUAGCCACUCGCGGUCAGAGCCUCCGGUCCCACGGCCAUUCCGGCCCCUGCCACCCAUUCCGACGGCGAAGAAGCCGGCAUCACCAGUCGUCGCCAAGCCACCAGCGCCGCCGGCCUCAAGUCCUCCUUUCGCGCCGGAGCCUUCUUCGGCGCCCGCUCCGCCACCCGUUGUGCCACAAACCGUCUUCACUCCGCCGCCUCGCCCACGGCCGCAGAACCCUCCUCCGAUCGUCCAGCGGGAGAUCUCCGACGAAGACAUGGUCACUGAUACAUCCGACGACGACCUGGACGAGUUCUUCGGGCCCCGCAAGCCUAAGAAGGCGGCCGGCGAGCUCGCCCCCGGUGGCCACCCGCGAAAGGCAGCAUACGUCCUCGGCAUUGUCGAAGAGGAAGAACCAACUGACGCACCGUCAAAGGCCAUCACCGUGCUCGGUACGCGCGAACGUGCCGCUCACAUCUCACCUUCACCAGACCGUUCUUCGCCCAAGAAGCACAAGCGCGAAGGGCGCGACUACAAGGCGCUCAGGUUCGGCGACGCGACAAAGCACCAGCGCAAGCCGUCCAAGCCGCUCGAGAUCUCCGCCCCAAUCCCACUGCGCGGCUAUUACUUUGACGAGCAGUUCGGCGGGCUCCGCCCUGCCCCCAAGGCCGAGGCUGAACGCCGCGAAGCCAACGCCGGUAUCGACCUGUCCUCCGUCUUCGUCUCGGACCCCGUCAAGCCGAGCAGCUCGAGCGUGAAGAUCGUCCCCUCCGAGAAGUGGGAGCUCCCCGGCGAGUCGAGUAGCUCGAGCGUCAAGGGUCCGUUCACCGACACAUGGGACGAGCUCUUCUACCAGCCGCGCCACGGACCCGGACCCAGCGCGCUCAAGUUCGAGGACGUGGCCAGCAGGCCGCGGAACGAGCCAUGGUCGAGCUGGGCUGCCGAGUUUAAGCCGCCUCCGCGCAUCGGCUCCAUCUUCUCCGAGUCGUUCAAGCUCAACCUCAAGAACUUGAACCAGAGCUCGUCAACCCUCUCCCCCACCCCACCUGAGAGCCCAGCACGCGCCACAGCAGCCACGCUCAGCGGCACGUCGGACGAGGACGAGGCGAGGCCCAAGCGUCCGAAGACUCGGCCCCCGGCACUCCACCUCGACGAGAGUGCCUUCCGCGGUCGCGCCGCCACGCCUGUCGUCGCGCACGAGAUGAGCCCGACCGACACAUCAUCAUCGAGAAUACCCCGCCUGCCCCCGACCGACAGAAUCCAGUUCGCGACCCCUAACACUUCGUUUGAAGACCUCGACCUGCCGCUGGCGACGGCGGAGCCGCUCCUCCGCCCCAUGUCGCCGCCCGUAUCUUCUCCCCCCGAGUCCGGCCCGUCGCGCAAGGCCGUCCUCCGCGCUGCCUUCCAGCGCUCCAUGGCGGCCAUUGGCGGCGCGAGCCCGCCCAGCGACGCGGCAGUAUCGGCAUCGAGCACGCCGUCGAGCACGGCAUCAGUCAAGACGCCGGCCGGCACCCCUGCCGCAGUGACUCCCGCCACGGCCGGCCUCAAGUCGCCUAUCCGCCUCGUGUCCAACCCCCGCGGCCUGCCAGUGUACGGCACGUCCGCGGUCGCCGAACUGAGAGAGAACGAGGGCGUGUCGUGGUUCGAACCCGAGACGCCCGGCCCCAGCCCCGUCAACACUGUUGCGACGUCGUGGCUCCGCCGCGUGGCCAAGCCCCUUGUCCGGUAA